GAGGUCACGCCUGUAGCGGCGGGGUCGCUGCGCGGCGCGGCGAAGAUGGCGGCCUCCGUGCGGGCGCUCGCGGCCCUGCUGCUGCUCGGCACUUCUGACCUGCUGCUGCUGCUGCUGCUGCUGCCGCCGCCUCCUGGGGCCCUCGCGGCGGAGGGCCCGGCAGGGACGGCGGGCGAGGCGACCCCACCGCCGCGGAAGAAGAAGGAUAUUCGCGACUAUAACGACGCGGACAUGGCCCGUCUCCUGGAGCAAUGGGAGAAGGAUGAUGACAUCGAGGAAGGUGACCUCCCCGAGCACAAGCGCCCAGCCGCUCCCAUUGACUUCUCCCAGAUCGACCCCGGCAAGCCUGAGAGCAUCCUGAAGAUGACCAAGAAGGGGAAGACGCUCAUGAUGUUCGUCACCGUGUCCGGGAACCCCACGGAGAAGGAGACAGAGGAGAUCACCAGCCUCUGGCAGGGCAGCCUGUUCAAUGCCAACUACGAUGUGCAGAGGUUCAUCGUGGGUGCGGACCGAGCCAUCUUCAUGCUCCGAGAUGGUAGCUACGCCUGGGAGAUCAAGGACUUCCUGGUGGGGCAGGACCGCUGUGCCGACGUGACUCUGGAGGGACAGGUGUACCCUGGCAAGGGUGGAGGUGGCCGGGAGAAGAACAGCACCAAGCCAGCCAAGGGCAAGAAGAAGGCAGGCACGCCAGCCCCGAAGGCCGAGGGCCGCGUGGGCAGCACAAGGGAGGAUCUGUGAUCGUGGCAGGCCAUGUGCCUCACUGUCUAAGUGGACCACUAGGGCCCCUCGGAAUGUCGGGCCGCGGGGCACCCUUCCGUGUUCCACCAGCCUUCUUCCAGGCUCUGAAAUGGGGGUUCAGCCAGGACACAGGUGUGAGCACCCUCAUCUGCAGAAACAGUGAGAACAGAGGAACCUCUGGGUGCCUAUGCGCCCUCAGUCCCGCCCGCGCUUCCCCGAGGACAGUGGGAGCUGGAGAACGGGAUCGGCUCCCCUGGAGCCCUCUGUACCGACCCUUGGCUCUGUGAGAAACUUGUGUGUCUUUUACACAUUAAACCUGUGCGGACCAGUGGGCGCCCCCCUGAGUCCCGGGCCCUGUGCAGGGCUGACGAGCACUGGGGCUGGCUGCUGGGUCGGGCACGUGUGAGAGCUGUCAGAGUGGCUGGAGACCAAUAGCUGAGACGGGCCCCACGCAGGGAGUGGGGUGCUGUGACCCCUAGCCCUGCGGAGGGAGGAUUCCCCAGCCAGGGGGUGGCAUGGUGGCAGCUGCUGCUUUCUCCAAGCUGUCACUGGGCAGCGCCCUGCGUGUGGCAGGAUGGGUAGCCCGCAGGUGUGAGGUGCCCCAAGAGCAGUGCAGGUGGCGGGGUCCUGCUGUUGGCUCCGAGCAGGGGUCUUCAGUGGCCUUCCAUGGACCAGCUAGCGUACAGGCAGCAGGUCCGCCACCUUUACAGCUGUGGGCCUGGGAUCUGGACCCACUGUACAGUACAAAUGUCCAGAGGUCAGAAAGCACUGGUGGCCACUGUUAGAGCUGUGGGGCCAAGGGAUGCUGGAUGGGUGCUGUGCAACAGCGUCCCUCACCUGAGGCCAG